UGUGACUUCGACACCAAAUGCAGCGAAACUGUGAAAAACUUUUGGUAAACAAGCGAUUUAUUUAUUUUCGAAAAAAAAAACAAAUAAAACCAAUAAAAGAAAAGAACUGUCACAUGCUUAUUUGAAAAUGUAGCAAAGAAAUUUUGGAAUAUAACGCAGGAACACAAUAUUAGGAAUAUAAAAAUAACAAAAAAUAACAGUCCAAAUUAAAUUGAUUUCGACAUGGAUAAAAAUAAGGACACAAAAUCAUCCAAAGACUCUAAAUCCACAAAGAAAUCUAUGGGGGAAAAUGGAAAAUGUGAGAGUAAAGAAACAACUGAAGUUAAAAGAGAGCGAAGUGUAAGAGACUCCAAAAUCCUUAAAGAUGUAAAGGAAACAAAGAGCGAACAAAGAAGAGAACGAGGGUUUAAGAGCGAACAUGAAAGUAGAAGAGAACAUGAUCGCGAUGACAGAAAUGAGCGUUACUCGAAAUCAGACCACGAGACCCGAAAAGAUCGCGAAGGAAAAUGCAACUAUCAAAGUAAAAGUGAACGAAAUUCACGAAGCGAAUUAGAGCAUCGAAGACAGCGUGAAUCAAGGAGCGAACGCGAAUUGAGAAAUGUGAAAAGUACGAGAGGUAUUAGAAGCGAGCGUGAUUCAAGAGAUGUAAAACGAACUAGUGGUAACAAAACAAAGAAGGAAGAAACUGUCGAUCACAAAAUAUUGAUGCAAGACAUUAAAGAGCUCAUAAUGCGAGCGCUUGAAUGCGAACUAAGCGGUCACCUAUUAGAGGCACGAAUGCUGUACGAAGAAAGUCUCGUAAAGCUGCAAAUCUGUUCGGCUAAGGAACAAAACGAAGAUAUAUUAGAAAGCUACAAAAAAUAUCUCAGUAGUUAUGAGAAACAUGUGCAGCGUCUACGAGAUCAAAUCGAACAGAACUUGUUUAGCUGUAAGAUAAUUGAACACAUCGCCAUCCCAGAGGGCUCAAGGGGUCGCAGCUAUGAAAAGCUAAUCGGUUGCUAUUUGAAUGAAAAAGUAUCGGUGGUCCAUAUUUACGAACCAUGUCUCACGCAAAGCUCCCAAUUGGAAAACUUGAUUAACUUCGUCGAGGUGCUUGUGAAAAAUUGUCCCAAUCUAAUGUUUUUGCGUGUAAUUACUCGCGCCAGUCCCAAGUCGAGCAAUCUGCAAAUGGAUGUGCUACACGAUUUGCGCGAAGAGCUGGAGAGUGGCAAUAUUUCAUUUAACUACCAAUUCGAUGAGCAAUUAAGGAAACCGCGUGUUGUCUUCAACACUGGCGUAGUCAUACGCUGUAGGCGUGGCUUACAUAUUUUUAAACCCUUAACUAAGUACUACAAGUUGGGCCUUUACGACUACGACUUCCGUCGUUGCGAAAGCGCGGAGGUGGAUAUUUAUCAAGGCAAACCCUUUUCAGAAUCUAUCUCGAAAGCGGACAGAACGGAUCUAAUGGAAAGUUUGCUGCACGCUUAGAGACGAAACAAAAUUGAGAGAGUUUUCGAAAUUAGAAAAGAGUUUGGAAUAGAAGAUUAUCAUAGUCAACAAUGUUAAUAAAAAAAUAAUAAAUAAAAAUAGAAACAUAUCAAUGAAAAUAUA